GGGUCCGAUGGGUCCGAUUGGUCGGACCCCAUCGGACCCCAUGGUCCGACCAUCGGACCUGGGGUGUGGGAUUAUUGGGACCGGCUAGAUAGAGAGAGAAAGAGAGAUAGUUUUAGUUUGGGGGUAUUUUUGGGGUUUUGAAAAAAAAGGUAUAGUUUUUUUAGGGUUUUAAUUAUUGGUUUAGAAAUCAAAUUUUUUGAUUUUCUAAGCAUAGAAAAUCAAAUUUCCCUUUUAUAUUCUCACAUUUUCCCUGUUCCGUGUUCGAAGCUAUAGUUUCAGAAAUUUGAUUCCGGGGUUUCAUCACUGCGUGUGCUGCUAAAGCCAGAAUCCAUGAACGGGUAGGAGGGAGAGACCUCUUAACGUUAAAGGGUUUGGCUCUUGUCACUUUUUCGAAAUUAAACGACACAACAAGUAUGCCAAACUAUCUCUUACUCCUUUUGUUUGAUUUUAUUCAUUUAUGAAUCAAGAUUAUGAAUUUAGGGCAGAACUUUGAUCUGGGUUUUGAAAAAUAUCGAGUAUUGCUUUAUUAUAUCUGGAAUUCAGGUCUGUUGGGCAGCCCCAAUCGACAUUAAUGCUUUGCUUAGUUUAAUUGCUUUAUUAUUGGAGCCGAGAGUUGAGACCUUAGAUAAAGCCUAAUAGACAUAGUAGAACCUGGGCUGAACUUCUCUUUUCUUGUAUUUACCCAAUUGUAAGGUCUAGAGAUAGGAGUGGUUUGAAAUGGGCAGUACAAGCAAGAAGAAGAAGAAACAAGUAGAGGAAUCUAGCGAUGAAUCCUCACUCUCUGAGGGAAGCUCUGACUACUCUAAACGAUCCUCUAAGAGUAGUCAGCGCCGGCACCGUCAUCGAAACGAUGGCAGUUCAAGAAGAGAGAGAAAGAGGAGGGAAAAGGAGGAGAAAAGGAAGAGACGUAGAGAGAGAAGAGAUAGAGAGAGAAAGAGAAGGAAAUUGGGGAAGGAGGAUAAGAAGAAGUAUAGGGAUUAUGAUUCUGAUAGUGAUGAUGACUCUGAGCAUGGGUCUUCUUCAAGUGAUGGCGAUUCAGAACCAGAACAAAGUCGGGUUCAACCCCAGGUUGCAUUGCAAGAGUUGUUGAAAGAGUUUCCUAAUGUUGUGAACGAUUUAAAACAGCUUUUGGAAAUGAUCGAUAAUGGACAAGCUGUUGACAUAAAUGGUGUAUCCGAAAGAUCUCUGGUUAAGCACUUAAAGAAGCUGUUUCUUUCUUUAAGUCUCAAGGAAAAUAGUGAUAAAGUCUUUACACUUCCUUCAAAUGUUCGUCCCACUUUGGAGGUCAUUGCACCCCUACUUCUCAGUUCUAUGGAACCUAAAACUGAAGAAGCUGGUCAAUCUGUACCAUUGGAUGACACAAAUCCAGCUCUGGGUGUUGAUAACAAGCUGGAGACAAAUGAUAACAACAUGGCAUGCCCAGCAGAUGAUUCUUUUGGUCCUAAACGGAGGAUUAUUGGCCCCGCCAUGCCAUCUGCCGAGUUACUUGCUGCUGCUGCUAAAUUAACAGAAGCACAGGCUGAACUCAGAGAUGCUGAGUUGGAGGAAGAUGCUGCAUCAUUUAUAGGACCUGCACCACCUGCUAUGGUCGCUGAAGCAGCUUCAGCAAAUGAAGCAGAACGAUUUGAAGAGGUAACAAGAAUUAUGAAUGUGGAGGCUGAUUGCCCAUACGAGAUCUUGGGAAUAAACCAAAAUAGGACAUCUGAGAACAUAAAGAAAAGGUAUUGGAAAAUGUCUCUUUUGGUGCAUCCUGAUAAAUGCACUCAUCCUCAAGCGCAUCAAGCAUUUAUCAAAUUAAACAAAGCAUUUAAAGAGCUACAAGAUCCUGCAAAGCGGCAAGCACUGGAUGAGAAAAUCAAAGUAAAGGAGGAACAAGAGAAAUUUAAGGUUGAAUUACGAGCAAUGCGUGAGGCUGCCCAAUGGAGAAGGACACAAGGUAUAUCCAUGGAGGGUGAUGAGGAGCUCCUCGCAGAGAUGGAAGUUAAAGUUGCUCCUCAGCGAGAUGAGUGGAUGACAAAUUUACCCCCAGAGAGGAAGCCUGGGGGGAUGCCAAUGCAGUCAACCAGCUUUAGCAGAAAUGCAAAGGAAGGACGUGGUGAUACAAGUGCGUGGACAGAUACCCCUACGGACAGAGCCCAAAAGGCAAAGACGAAUUUCCUAGAAGCAUAUAACAAGGCUGCAGCACUGGCAUCAAACGAAGUGGAGAAGAGUUUAGAAGCAGAUUUGGUGGAUAAAUACAACAAAGAAAAACGAUCAAAAUCGUUGGUGCAAAAGCACCAAGAAAAAGCAUUUGGUCGAACAAAGAAAAAAUCUACAAAGCAACAACCAUCCACAAAGCAACAACGGGAGAAGGAUGAGUGGGCGGGGCAACAUCCAUGGAAGCCUUGGGAUCGUGAGAAGGACUUGGUAGCUGGGCGACAAGAUGUAAAGUUAGACCCAGGAAACAUAGGUGAAGGUUUAACUUCCAGGUUUUCUUCGACAUCAUUUGAGAGGAAUUUCCUUUGAGACAAGUCAGAGAACACAGAAAGGCCUUAUCUUGUUCCAUGCCAAUAUUGAUUUAGUUGGUGGGUUUUCUGUCCCGAAGCAGUAUUCUUAUACUUAUGUCGAAUUUCACCAUGACGCCAAGCAUGUGGGAUUGGAGAAUUUGCCUUCAGCUGUAUACACCAAUUCAUGUGGAAAAAGGGGGUGAGUUUUCUGAUUUUUUAGUUCAAAGCAAAAAUCAGGAAAAGAAGCCUUGCAGUUGCAGUAGUCAAGGUACACCAAUCACCAUUUAAAGUGUAAUAAGUCUUCUACUGUGUCCUCAAGAGAAGAUCUCAUAUAAGUUGGGCUUGGGAGUUUCAAUUUCAUUAACAAGAAUUCUUUUCAGACUAAUCACCAUUUCCAAUUAUGGAGCAGCAGCAAUAUGAUCCUUCCUUAGGCAGUUCAUCACCCAAAUGUUCUUCUAUUCUAAGCUACAACGAAUAUUAUCACUCACCAGUCACCACUCCAUAUAAAAAAAAGGAUUUUUGAAUAAAUGCAAUCUAUUUAUAUAUAUAAAUAUAUUUUUUUUUCCUAAGGUACGGUUAUGUAAAGUAGCAGUGCUAGUAAUUGUAACUUAUCAAUUACAUAAACUUACUAUUAACCUGUGGAUUUGUUUUACUAACUUCACAAAAUUACUGUUUUAAAA